ACCUGCUUCUCAAAUCCUCCUUGCCUCCUCCGUCUCGCAGACCCACGACACAGACGGUCUCGCCUCCGUCCUAUCCUCCUCUCGCCUCCGUCGUCUUACUCCUCCUUUCCCUGUCUCUGGAAUCCUAGAGUCAUCUUCCUCACAUGCAAGGCUAUGGCCCUCUCAAUUGAAACCAAAACGUGUCUCAGUUCUGAGGAAGAGCACGAAAAAGGAAGAACCAGUAUUAGAAGGUCUUCUCAAACAGUACUUCGAUGAUGAUUUGAUAAACCCACAAUUGAUAACAAUGUACGGCGCCACCAAUAAUUUUGGACAAGGAACAAGUUUCAUAAUUUUCACAGGGGAUACUCACCUGCUUACCCUAUGGGCACGGGCGCCGGUGGGCUCGGCCCUUCUAUCUCCUCCAACCGCAGGAGGUUCUGAUACACCCGUUGCAAGCAUGCUUCCCAGACAGCUGAAGCUUCAGCCUCCCAGAGAAGCUCCCGAACUGUUCCAAAGGCUCCAACUUCUCAAGAACACCCACUACGCUAGCGAAGGCCCCAGGAGAUGCGUUCAAGGGCUUUGCCUUUUAGUUUGGGUGUAUAAGCCUUGGUUUCAUGAAUGGGAUGCAGAAUUAUUGACGAGAGUACCAAAAAAGCAGCGGUUGUGGAUCCAGUUGAACCUGAGAAGGUUCUGAAAGCAGCCCAAGAACAUGGCUUCAGUAUCAAGCUCAUCCUCACCACUCACCAUUACUGGUGUAUUUAGACUUCCUCAUCCAAUCCCUCAUAUUCAUACUGAUAUAAUAUAUAUAUAUAUAUAUAUAUAUAUAUAUAUAUUUGUUUUGGGUAUUUUAGUACUUUCCAGAAAUGGAUUUAUGGGGAUUUAUAUCUUAGUUGGGUACAUGAUGCGGAUUCAUAUUCAAGGAAAAAUGAUCCCGACUCUUAAGGUCUCUUUCUUGCGUCGAUUGAUCGUCUUGCUAUGAUUUUGAGUUGUUGCAAUUAGAUCUUGAAAUUGUAUUGUACGAUUUAAUUAGUAUAGUGGUCCUCACAAAUCACCACCAAUGUAGCACCUAAUUAAUCGUAUUCAAUGUUGUGGUCUGAAAAGAAGCACUAAUUAAGGGAGUAAUAUUUAAGGUUGGAGAUAAAAGAUUCGCUAUAGCUGAUAGCUCUAGAUGUGUAAUUAAGGUAAGGAAUAUAUUUUGACUGAUGCAACUGCAUGCUCUUAUGGAUUUCCCCCAAAGAUUGGAUUUUCAGUUUUUGGGAAUGUUAACAAUUUAGUUUUUUGAUCUUUUCUUGAAAGGAUAUGAAAUUGUUUAUAGUUAGGUUGAAAACCAUAUCAAUAGAUUCUUUAUUUGGUUGGUCCAAUCUGUAACAGAUGAGAUUGUUUUGUUUGAUGUUUCAAUCAAAAUUUGAUCUUUUUUUUUUGUGUGAAAUUAUAAUGGAAUCACAAAUCAAGUAUGUCUUAGAUUCUUGGUUGCAUACUCACCUUCCCACGACUAUUAUAUUGUCUAUUGACUGGAUGCUUUUUUAUAAUUUCUAGGAUCUACGGUUGCAAUGCUUUUGAUACAUGCAGUAAGGAGGAAGCCACUACCUCUUAUGGAGCUUCUUUGGCAUGGUAAGUUGAAGUUGCAUGUCAUUUUUUUUUUUCGUUCAUGGAAUUCAUUAUCUUGCUAUCUUGGCAAUUAGCAAUGUCUGACGAUUGGUAAAAUGUUAAUAAAUUUGUUGAAGUUUGAAUCGUACACAUGAAAGUGAAUUUUAACAACUCUAACUUAGAUUUCUUAAUAAUUUGAUCCGUCUUUCUUUCAUUUGUUUUCGACUAUUUUACUUUUUUUCUAUACAAGUACAACUAUUGAUCGAAAGCCACAGAAAAUACCCAACGGCUGAGAAACUGUUUUUGUUACAAGAAUAGAUUGAUUAUGAUAAUGCUUAAAUUUUGGGCAGUUAAAUAUAUGUGUUUUGUUUGGCAAUUACAAUCACUUGCAUGAAAAUCCAAUUGGAUUUGUUCUGGUCUCCAAGAAUUUUUCUUUGAUUAUUGAUUAAUUUAUGUGGCAUGAGUUUAGGUUUUGCUUUUCUGCCCAUGUAUAUUUGAUUUGAAAUGGACAGCUCAAUUUGCUGUAUAUAAAUUAGUAAUCAAAAAACUCCAAGGAGAGGUAAAUUAGAAACAAUGGUGGAAGAGUGAUGGAGUUGAGGAGUCGAUAGUUUACAGGGUUUACUUGAAUUUCUGAUUGAUGUCCAUGGUAUUGAUAGAUCAUUGAGACUGACUGAUUGGUUGAUUAAUCACUAAUUUGAAAUA